CCCUACGGCCCCGCCCCGGGCUCCCCCCGUCAAGCCUUUUUUCCCCUGCUGGGGGCCGAGGCCCGGCCGGGAGCAGAGUCCGGCUGCCUGGAGCGGGCGGCGCGUGUCUGCAGCUGCUCCGGAUACCCCGUUAGGCGCGCAGUCCCCAGCCCCGCCGCCGGCCCUCGGUGCGCCCGGCCGCCUGCGCCCCCAGGAGCAGCUGCUGUGAAUAAACACAGAAGUGGAGCUGGGGGGCUGAUUAGAAGCCUCAUUCAGUGCACCUGGGCCCCAGUAGGCCCAGCCAGGCGUGGAGGAAGAGGCAUUGAGGACUUUCCUUACCUGUUUUUCCAGCUCACCCACUGCCAGCAGAGACCUCCCAGCUAACUGGAACCUGUGUCCACAGAAUGCUGUCCAGUUUCAACGAGUGGUUUUGGCAGGACAGGUUCUGGUUACCACCCAAUGUCACAUGGACAGAGCUGGAAGACCGGGAUGGCCGUGUCUACCCCCACCCCCAGGACUUGCUGGCAGCCCUGCCCCUGGCGCUGGUCCUCCUGGCCAUGCGCCUCGCCUUUGAGAGGUUCAUUGGCCUGCCCCUGAGCCGGUGGCUGGGUGUGAGGGAUCAGACCAGGAGGCAGGUGAAGCCCAACGCCACGCUGGAGAAACACUUCCUCACAGAAGGACACAGGCCCAAGGAGCCCCAGCUGUCCCUCCUGGCCGCCCAGUGUGGUCUCACGCUGCGGCAGACCCAACGAUGGUUCCGGAGACGCCGGAACCAGGAUCGACCCCAGCUGACCAAGAAGUUCUGUGAGGCCAGCUGGAGGUUUCUCUUCUACCUGUCCUCCUUUGUGGGCGGCCUCUCAGUCCUGUACCACGAAUCAUGGCUGUGGGCACCAGUAAUGUGCUGGGACAAUUACCCAAACCAGACUCUGAAGCCAUCCCUGUACUGGUGGUACCUCUUAGAGCUGGGUUUCUACCUCUCACUGCUAAUCAGGCUGCCAUUUGAUGUCAAGCGCAAGGAUUUCAAGGAGCAGGUGAUACAUCACUUCGUGGCGGUCAUCCUGAUGACCUUCUCCUACAGCGCCAACCUGCUACGCAUUGGCUCUCUGGUGCUGCUGUUACACGAUUCCGCCGACUACCUGCUGGAGGCCUGUAAGGUGGUCAACUACAUACAGUAUCAGCAAGUGUGCGACGCCCUCUUCCUCAUCUUCUCCUUGGUCUUCUUCUACACCCGACUGGUCCUCUUUCCCACCCAGAUCCUCUACACCACAUACUACGAGUCCAUCAGCAACAGGGGCCCCUUCUUCGGCUACUACUUCUUCAACGGGCUUCUGAUGUUGCUGCAGCUGCUGCACGUGUUCUGGUCUUGCCUCAUUCUGCGCAUGCUCUAUAGCUUCAUGAAGAAGGGCCAGAUGGAGAAGGACAUUCGUAGUGAUGUAGAAGAAUCAGACUCCAGUGAGGAGGAGGCGGCGGCCCAGGAACCUCUGCAGCUAAAGAACGGGGCAGCUCGAGGGCCCAGGCCAGCCCCCAUUGAUGGCCCUCGGAGCCGGGUGGCCGGGCGUCUGACCAACAGGCACACAACGGCCACAUAGCCAGGCGGGGCUGGCUGUAAGGGGCUGCCCCCAGCGCCUUGGAUAUUUCUGGGGUGACUGGACUGGCGCCCCUGGGCCACCUUUCUGGAGACAGGGAGGGCCCCUCCCGGGGUGGACGGGGAGGGCUGAUGAUCUGUCUCCAGCCCCUUCCUUCUGCCCACCCACCCUUCUUCCCUCUGGGCAACUGGACAGAGCUGGGAGCCAGCAGCUGGAUGCUGUGGCUGGCCAGAGACACCUCCAGGCUGUAGCCUGGGGGCUGGGGGGAGCCCCAGGCUGAAAAGGGUCCAAUUAAAACAUAAACGGAGCCAAA